GUUGCAAGGCGGUAAAGCAAGAGUGAUUCAGCAUCGCUAUCUCGAUUACAGUCUAUAUCUACUACUCUAUUUUUUUCUCGAUUCUUUUGUUGGUUUUCUCCAUCUUGACAUUUAUAUUCCGCCAAUGAUAAUGUCUCCCGUUGGAAUGUUUUGAACAGGACUGUCAUCGCACUGGGAUCGUCGUUAGCUGGCACGGAAUGGUAUUUAUGAGCAGGCAUUUCUUGUAUAACUGCAGCCAACCAAUCCUGGAUGUGAAAAUUGCUUUUUGUCAGGUGUGUGUUCCUUACAGGUAAAAAAGGGAUUUGGUAAACAAGUUGAUGUGUCAUAUAUCGCCAAGCAUUACAACAUGAGCAAAAGCAAAGUGGACAACCAGUUCUAUAGUGUGGAAGUAGGGGAUUCCACUUUCACAGUUCUCAAACGGUACCAGAAUCUAAAGCCCAUUGGCUCUGGGGCUCAGGGUAUAGUAUGUGCCGGCUACGAUGCCGUCCUCGACAGAAAUGUUGCCAUCAAGAAGCUGAGUAGACCCUUCCAGAACCAGACCCAUGCAAAGAGGGCUUACAGGGAACUGGUGCUCAUGAAAUGUGUCAAUCACAAAAAUAUCAUCAGUUUGUUAAAUGUUUUCACACCACAGAAAUCUUUAGAGGACUUCCAGGAUGUGUACCUAGUGAUGGAGCUUAUGGAUGCCAACCUGUGCCAGGUGAUUCAGAUGGAACUGGACCAUGAGAGGAUGUCCUACCUGCUGUACCAGAUGCUGUGUGGCAUCAAGCACCUGCACUCAGCCGGCAUCAUUCACAGGGACCUGAAACCCAGCAAUAUAGUGGUCAAGUCUGACUGUACGCUGAAGAUCCUGGACUUUGGUUUGGCAAGGACCGCGGGGACCAGUUUCAUGAUGACCCCCUACGUGGUCACACGGUACUACAGAGCCCCCGAGGUCAUCUUAGGCAUGGGAUACAAGGAGAACGUGGACAUGUGGUCAGUGGGCUGCAUUUUUGGAGAGGUGAUAAGGGGCACAGUGCUGUUCCCUGGCACCGACCAUAUUGACCAAUGGAAUAAAGUGAUUGAGCAGCUGGGCACCCCUAUGCCAGAAUUCAUGAAGAAGCUGCAGCCCACAGUGAGGAACUACGUGGAGAACAGGCCCAAGUAUGCCGGCCUCACUUUCCCCAAACUCUUCCCUGAUUGCUUAUUCCCGGCUGACUCAGAACACAACAAACUCAAAGCCAGCCAAGCCAGAGACCUGUUGUCUAAGAUGCUGAUCAUCGACCCUGCCAAGCGGAUAUCAGUGGACGAGGCCCUGCAGCACCCCUACAUCAACGUAUGGUACGACCCAGCUGAGGUGGAGGCGGCCAGAGAUCUCGUCCAAAUAUCCAUGCCCCCGCCACAGAUUUACGACAAGCAACUGGAUGAGAGAGAACACUCCAUAGAUGAAUGGAAAGAACUGAUCUACAAAGAGGUGAUGAACUUUGAGGAGAGGACAAAGAAUGGCGUUGUGAAGGGACAGCCAUCUCCCUCAGGUGCAGCCGUGAACAGCAGCGAGAGCCCCCCUCCGUCCUCAUCCGUCAACGACCUCUCCUCCAUGUCCACUGAUCAGACCCUGGCCUCAGACACCGACAGCAGCCUGGAGACCUCCGCAGGACCGCUGGGGUGUUGCAGGUGACUAGCCGCCUGCCUGCGCAACCCCGUGUUCUUCAGAAGG